AUGGCUGCAUCCAACUAUACUGCACUUCUCAACAAUCAGGAACAACCCAAAGAAGUCGGUGUCAUAGUUGAGUAUCUAAAUAAAUGCCCGUUGGCAUAUGCGCUUCUUUCUACUUCUCCAACUCCACAAUCUCUUAUCACUAAAGUCUUUCAGUCAGCAGUCAUCUCCACAAGAGAAAGGUACAAACAACUUGAUGUUGAAUUUAAUCUUUUUCAAGCUACUUUGGUACUCACUAAAGAAGAGUUCACCGUCAGUUUAGGUCUAAGCGAUAUUCCUCCUACACCUCAGACAUUUGUCACACCAACUUCUGCUCAAUUAUUGACAAUGUUCAAGGAAAUGUGGUAUAAAUUUCAAGACAAAAAAGAACCAUGUCUUUCAAGAAUUCAGAAAUCUUGUCUUCCCACACCAUGGCACUUUCUCAGUUCUGUCCUCACUAGAUGUCUAUUCGGAUCAGUUGGUGGACGCAACAAAGGUAAAACAGACCUUUGGAUUCUUAUGUACGGGCUCUUCUACGACAUCAAUGUUGACUACACGUCUAUUCUUUGGGAAGAUUUCCUUAAUUUUCUCCCAGCAUCAAAGAAUAAGUUUUUGAUUCAUCUGGUUGGUGGUCAAUCAUUAUUUAUGACGCCAUCCGUAAUAGUAAUCUUGCACCAGGAUGGAUUCCAGAAGACCCACAACCACAUUUCUUGUGUAUGA